AUGAGAUGCAUUGUCCAUAUCCUUAACUUGGUUGUUCAAGUUGGCUUGAAGGAGUGUGAUAGUUCUGUGAAAAAAGUUAGGGAGGUUGUUAGAUAUGUUAGGAAUUCACCUGCCAGGCUAAAGAAGUUCAGGGACUUGGCUGAUUUGUUAGGAAUUGAGCAAAGGUCUUCUUUGUGUCUAGAUGUUCCAACCAGAUGGAACUCUACAUAUUUGAUGUUACAAUCUGCUUUGACUUAUCAGAAAGUCUUUGAAUCUUGUGAAGAGUCUGAUAGUUCUUUCAAAUCUGACUUGGGUGAUUCUGUGCCUAAUUUUAUGGACUGGGAGUCUGUGAGCAGUUUGGUGGAGUUGUUGAAAUGUUUUUAUGAUAUGACAAUCAGAAUUUCUGGAUCUUUAUAUGUGACAGCUAACACAUUUUUCAGUGAGAUUUCUGAUUUGUAUUGUAUUUUAAAUGGAAUGGUGGAAGCUGGUGGGGCAGUGAGCUUAAUGGGGAGAAAUAUGAAAGCAAAAUUUGAGAAGUAUUGGGGUGAUAUAGACAAGAUGAAUCUUAUGAUUUUCUUUGCUAACAUUCUAGACCCCAGGGAUAAAUUAGAGUAUAUGCCUACUCAAAUUAAUCAUAUGUAUGGUGAGGAGAAAGGUAAACCAUACUAUGAUAAAGUGCUUGCUGGUUUGAAUGAGUUAUUUGAUGAUUAUUCUAUUCCUGCCACUUCUUCUGUGUCUGCUGCUGUUGGUAGUGCUUCUUCUGUGAGUUCUGUCAGUUCUGUGUCUGUUGGAAGGCCACAGCAUUUACUCAAGUCCCAAAUUAAAAAACAAAGAUUGGAAUCUGGGAGUAAGAAAAAAACUGAACUGGAUAUCUACUUGAGUGAGGCAAUAGUUGAGGAGGAAAACUCCUUUGAUAUUCUGAGAUGGUGGAAGAUAAAUGCUGAGAGGUUUCCCAUCCUUUCUAAGCUUGCUAGGGAUGUCCUAGCUAUUCCAAUCUCAACUGUUGCCUCUGAGUCUACCUUCAGUACAUCUGGGAGAGUAUUGGAUCCUUUUAGGAGUUCAUUAACUCCAAAUAUUGUGGAAGCUUUGUUAAUAAUUUACAUUUCUUAUUUUGCAGAGUUAGUUGAUGGUGGAAGUGGAAGGAAUUUUGAUCCUACACUGGCUACAAUUCCUUUGCCAGUUGUUUAUGUGGCAAAUGGCAAUGAUGAAGCUUCCACCUAUAAUCUGAAAAGAAGGAUUAAGUUGGCAUGUUGCUCUAUAUUUAUUGAAGCAAUUUGCCCUUAA